UUUUUAAAAUAUGAUAAAGUUAUUCUAAAAAUUUAAUCGAAGCCUCUUCCAAUUUUCGAAAGAAGUUUAGCUAAAGCAAAGUGAAACAUAAGGCAAAGGAUUUUAUUAAUAGUAAAUAUUUACAGGAUGUUUGGCUGAAUAUGCUUAUUAUAUUGAAUCAAACAAGGAAGCAAUCAUCAUUGAUCCUCUUAGAGAUGUUCAACCAUAUCUGUAAAUAUAGGAUUUUUAUGUUUUAGUAAUAUAGCAAAAGAAAGAGGAGCAAAAAUAAAGUAUGUUUUACUAACACAUUUCCAUGCAGAUUUCAUUGCUGGACAUUUAAGUUUGUAGAGAGAAACAGAUGCUUAAAUAAUAAUGGGUCCAAAAGCAAGUGCACCAUUUGUUAAUAAAGUGUUGAAUGAUAAUGAAUAUCUAAAGGUAGGAAAAAUUAAGAUUUAAGCUUUACACACUCCAGGACAUACAUAAGAAUCAACAUGUUUUUUAUUAUAUGAUGAAGAUGGUAAAUAACACAGGUAAUAACAAUAAUAACAAUAUUUAUAGUGUUUAUACAGGUGAUACUUUAUUCUUGGGUGAAGUUGGUAGACCUGAUUUGGCAGUCAAGAGUGAUGUUACUUAAUAUGAUUUAGCAUCAAUGCUCUAUGCUUCCCUUAGAUAGAAAAUAUUAGGAUUGCCUGAAGAUGUUAUAGUAUUCCCUGGUCAUGGUGCUGGUUCAGCAUGUGGUAAAAACAUUUCCUCAGGCUAUAGUUGUACUAUUGGAAAUCAGAAGAAAAAUAAUUAUGCUUUAUAAGAAAUGGAUCAAGAAACAUUUGUGCAAUUAGUAGCAAGUGAUUUACCUAAACCACCGUAAUAUUUUUUCUAUAAUGCUGGAUUAAACAAAACAAAUCAAUUUUAAGAUCUUAAUUUGAUUUUAAAGAAAGCAAAUACUAAAUUAACUUCUGCUUAAGUUAUUUCUAGAUAAGGAAUUUAGAUUAUUGAUUCUAGAAAUUCUAUUUCUAAUGGAUUCAUUCCUGGAUCUAUAAAUGUACCUCUUUAAAUCCCAUUUGCUCAUUGGGUUGGAACUCUAUUACCACAUGAUAGAGAAAUUGUUAUUGUUUGUGAACCAGGAAAUGAAGAAUAAACAAUAAUGAGAUUAUCUCGAAUUGGAUAUGAUAAUAUUGUAGGAUAUAUACAUUUUGAGGAUUGGAAAUCAUCAGGAAAUUCUAUAAGCAAACCAAUAGAGUUAGAAGUUUAAGAUUUCUUGAAGAGAAGCAAACUUGCAUAAAUUGUUGAUGUUAGAACAAAAGAAGAAUGGGGAAAAGGUAUAUUAAAACAUGCAUAAUUAAUUACACUUAGUGAAUUACCAUAAAAUUUAGAGAAAUUAGAUAAAUUAAGAGAUAUUAGCAUUUAUUGUGGAACUGGAUAAAGAGCUAAAAUAGCUCAUACUUUAUUAAUAGCUAAUGGAUUCACAAGAGUUCAAUAUUGUAAAGUGGGAUAUGAUGAUAUCAUUAAGUGAAG